UGUGGAACCACCCAGCUCCGCCGCCCGCGGAAGCCGAGCCGAGCCCCCGCCGGUAUCUCCGCGCUGCGGCGGCGCCCGCUCCUCUCGGCUCCCACCGGCUCCCACCUGGCUGGGAACAUGGGAGCCCGUCCGCUCGUGCUGGCAGGUGGGGUGGCUACCUGGGACCCCAGCAGGGCACCCCUGUCUUUCUUUCUGCUUCUGGGCUUUCUGAAAAGCUGCUAAGUCCCGGUACCUCUGGCAACUCUCUUCUGUUUUAAGGAUUCUUGCUGAAGGUUGGAUUUUUUUUUUUUUUUUAAAUCCUGGCGACGCUUUGGUUGAAUAUUUUUCUCAGCUUUGCUUCUUCAACCCAAUCACCUGUCAUCACGGUUUAACUUUUGUGUGACUUGUUUUAACUUGAGAUUGGCAGUGAAUACAUACAUACAUACAUAUAUACAUACAAGCAUACAUUUAUAUAAAUAUAUAUAAUAUUGUUAUUUUCUAAGAGCAAUCUUUCUGGCACUUUUCAUUGAUACCUCUGUCCUUUACCUCUGUGGGAUUUGACAAGCUCAAGGCUCAGUGUGGCUGUGGAUUCUGACUGCUUUGCAAAUGGGUAUUUCUUCACAAGACUGGGUUUCCAGCACUCACUAAGACAAACCUCUGAGUAACUGGGGACUUGGCCUGCCUUGUCUACUGAGCCUGGGGGAAGAUCGAAUGGAGAUGAGUUGAUGAUAUUCCGUGAAGUAAUAGCUCACCACCAGCCAGGGUUUAAACUACUUCACCUGUGGACUCUUGUAAAUUUUGCUUUCUUGGGGGAAAACACUGGGAUAAGAGGAGGUUGUUUUUAACAAGUUAGCAGCUUCCAGCCUCCCUGACAAGUUGAUGGAAAGGAUAAGGCUGUGACUCCAUUGGACUGCACCUUCAUAGCCACCUAGGAAGAGAAGAAGAAAGGGACAAUGGCUCUGAGUGGAAACUGUAGUCGUUAUUAUCCUCGAGAACAAGGGGCUGCGGUUCCCAACUCCUUCCCUGAGGUCGUGGAGCUGAAUGUGGGGGGUCAAGUUUAUUUCACUCGCCAUUCCACAUUAACAAGCAUCCCUCAUUCCCUCCUGUGGAAAAUGUUUUCCCCAAAGAGAGACACGGCUAACGACCUCGCCAAGGACUCCAAGGGAAGGUUUUUCAUCGACAGAGAUGGAUUCUUGUUCCGUUAUAUUCUGGACUAUCUCAGGGACAGGCAGGUGGUCCUGCCUGAUCACUUUCCAGAAAGAGGAAGACUGAAAAGGGAAGCUGAGUACUUCCAGCUGCCAGACUUGGUCAAACUCCUGACUCCGGAUGAAAUCAAGCAAAGCCCCGAGGAAUUCUGCCAUAGUGACUUUGAAGAUGCCUCCCAAGGAAGCGACACGAGAAUCUGUCCCCCUUCCUCCCUGCUCCCUGUGGACCGCAAGUGGGGUUUUAUUACUGUGGGUUACAGGGGGUCCUGUACCAUGGGCAGAGAGGGGCAGGCAGAUGCCAAGUUUCGGAGAGUUCCCCGGAUUUUGGUUUGUGGAAGGAUUUCCUUGGCAAAGGAGGUCUUUGGAGACACUUUGAAUGAGAGCAGAGACCCUGACCGAGCCCCAGAGAGAUACACCUCCAGAUUUUAUCUCAAAUUCAAGCAUCUGGAAAGGGCUUUUGAUAUGUUGUCAGAGUGUGGAUUCCACAUGGUGGCCUGUAACUCCUCUGUGACAGCAUCUUUUGUCAACCAAUAUACAGAUGACAAGAUCUGGUCAAGCUAUACUGAAUAUGUCUUCUACCGUGAGCCUUCUAGGUGGUCGUCCUCGCACUGCGAUUGCUGCUGCAAGAACGGCAAGGGUGACAAAGAAGGGGAGAGCGGCACGUCUUGCAACGACCUGUCCACCUCCAGCUGCGACAGCCAGUCCGAGGCCAGCUCUCCCCAGGAGACGGUCAUCUGUGGGCCCGUGACACGCCAGACCAACAUCCAGACACUGGACCGUCCCAUCAAGAAGGGCCCCGUGCAGCAGAUCCAACAGUCCGAGAUGCGGCGGAAAAGCGAUCUGCUCCGGACUCUAACUUCGGGCUCCAGGGAGUCGAACAUGAGCAGCAAAAAAAAGGCCGUGAAGGAAAAGCUCUCCAUUGAGGAAGAGCUGGAAAAAUGCAUCCAGGAUUUCCUCAAGAUCAAAAUUCCAGAUCGGUUCCCUGAGAGAAAACAUCCUUGGCAAUCUGAAUUGUUACGGAAGUAUCAUCUAUAGGGGAGGGCUGGGGGGUGGGAGAGGAAACAAACCUUGGAAGCAUUUUGAAUGCAUCCUCCUAAAAGAAAUUCCUAUUUGAAAAGAAAAACAACAACUAACAAUACACCUUUGUUAGAACACAAUGCCCAUCGAUACACUACUGCCUAUUUACCUAAUUCACCUUAACACAGAAAUCCACAGGGUAGAUUUCUUUCCGGAUGUGGAAGCAUAAGAAAAUCUUUUUUUUCUUUCUUUCUUUUUUUUUCUUUUUUUGGUUAUUUGUUUGUUUGUUUGUUUGUUUAUCUUGAUCCCAUGUGCUGAGUAUCUUAUAUAUAAUGAGAGCCAGCUAUGUAAGAGUACCUUGCAAGGCCUUGGGAGUCCUUGAUCCCAAACUGGGUUUUCUCUCAUCUUCUACCUCCCUCAUUUGAAGGAGAACAUGGUAGAAAGAGAUCUGGCCUAAUGGCUUUAUGUUUGAUUUCUGAAUUUUCCUUUUCCCUUGGUUUCUGGGGUAAGUGGGGGAAUGGCAGAUUUAUAUGACUUUGCACUCCAAUCGGUCAUGUGCCGGUUUAUAUGGACUCUGUAUGCAUGAGGAUCUGUGCAGCACAGACACAGCCACGUCUGUAGAUACACACAGUGCACAUGACCCCAGGGCUGGGCCUCCGAUGGGGUAUGUCCCUGCCCCCAGCAGCACUCGCUCAAAGCACUUCAACAGAUGAGCCUCUGCUCUUUUGUUAAAAUCCUUUUGGGAAGAUUUCCCAGCCUCUCUCUCGGCAACACUUUCUAACAUCAAAUAACGCUCAUCAUCGACCAAUCCUUUUCCUUAUUUCACAAUUAACAUCCUCAGGCUCCAUUGUACUGCAUCGCUCUUUCUCUGCACUCAGAGAGGGUGAGAAGAGCUGGUCAAACAUCUUCGUGUUAAACAAACAUUUCUAUCCACAGAAAUCACUACCAAAUGGCGCCCCCACGCAGCCUUCUCUACCCCUAGUUGAACAUUCUUUCUCUCGCUGUUUUCCGAGUUCUUACUGCCCAUGUUUUACUGGUGUGGCCUUUCCACACAAUCCACAUUAAGUUCUCUGCGUUCUCACAUGGGGACGGAGGUAAGAACACCACACAGUUCACACUUGGAUCAGGGUCCAGCCUUUUCUUUGUUUAUGAGGUAAUUCUACUCUACACACCUCCUAAUAAUUUCUCAUAACUUUUUUAACCCACAGUGCUACGUUGUUACUUUCUUGUAGCCAAUUGUGUUUGCCUUUGGGAUUCUGGGAUUUGGCUGUGUCCGUACUAGGAUUGGCUUUCAUUUCUCUCAUGUCUGUGAACAACCCAAGUAGAUAACUGGAGCUCCAAAGUUAAGGUUUGGACUUUCUAAACUAUCUUUCUCGAUAACAUCCUUGACCUGUAUAGACACAGCCAAAAAUAAACUGUUAAUAGCCAUCCAGCCGUGUGACUCUGUAUUCUAUUAAUGUACUAAUAGAUCUUUCGUAGACUUGUGGUAAAUGAAGAGUUAAGAGACCAGGUUUUAUGUUUUGCAUUCCUCGUGCAUUUCAAUGGGAACUGAAAAAUAAUUUGUCAAUCAAUCACUGUGUGC